AUGGCCAAGACGGAGACCCUGAGACGAACGUUGAAGCCAGUAAUAGAGAAGAAAAGAAGAGACCGAAUCAACCAAAAUCUGGAGGCACUGAGGGCCCUGCUGUUCAGGAGCACUGCAGACACACGUUUACAAAACCCUAAACUGGAGAAAGCAGAAAUUUUGGACCUGGCUGUUCAGUAUAUACGAAAGAACACAUGCAGGAGGGCAGAUAACAAAGUGUCUGCUACUCCUGCAAACCAGGAAACAACACAAACUCAACUCAAGGCACCAAAACCCAUCUAUGGUGCUCAUCCCCAUCAGUGUGUCUCUGAGUUCACCUCCUACAUGAGCCAGAUGAACCCGUCUGAGAGGGAAACCGUUCUUCAGAGUCUGGAAUACUAUCUGGACAGUCAACAUGAACAUUUUGGCAGAGCUGGGAAUGAAACAGACACUAAGUCAGCCAGCGCUCUGACAAAGCUCAGCUCAUCAACAUCAUCCCAUCACUAUAACCAAGAUCAAGCCCUUCCUGAAUCGUUAUUACUAUGUUAUAAAUCUGCCAGUCAAAGCAGCAUUGUCUUCACUCCAUCAGCUUCACCAAACCACCUCUCCCCUCCACCCUCUCCUCUCUUCUCCUCCUCCACUUCCUCUUUCAGCACCUCUCCUCCAUAUUCAUCUGUUCCCUGCCAUCUGCCUUUUGCUCCUUCUGGGUCUCCUCCCUUCACCAAACCUCCCAUCACUUUUUUUGCAACGCCAUUGUCUGUCUCUAGUUCUGUAAGCGUGCCUCAGUUAUUGCAGCCUCACGUCUCCAGAGAUCUCCCCACACCACCCUCUCCCAGUCUGGAUAUGAGAGGAGAUUUGCUGCCUGUCUCAGCCCAGUCAACAUGGAGGCCAUGGAGCUGA